AUGCAAACACUUGAUUCAACUGUUAAAUGGUUCAACAAGACCGAGGGAAGGGACAAAAUAUGCAAAGUCAUGCAAUAUGGAUCCAGAUUUUUAAUGUGGCAUCUUAAAACUAACUCUGGCAAUGAAUAAUUGUCCAAUCAAUUUAAGAAUUUAUUUUAAAGCACAAGAGAUGCCAGAAAAUUAUUCAGAUUAGCCAAAUCGUUGAAUGAAUUGUAAACUAUUAUUGAUAAAGUGGGUCAAAAUUGCAAAACUCCUCAAGAGUAGGUUGCUCGGGCAUUAAAUAUCUUAACCAGAGUAUGGUUUUUAUUAUAUUGGUUCUACGAUAACUUGAGUGUGUUAUCAACCAUCAAGUUCACUACCAGCGACCCAAAGCCUUUGUAAAAAAAAGCAAUGACAUUUUGGUUUAUUGCAAUAAUUACAAACUUGGUUGACACAAUAAGACAAUUGGUCGUCAACAUCUAAUAUAUCUAACAAAACAAAAAUAAUCAAACUGCUUAGCAAUAGAUUGUUAAUAAGCAUGUUUAAAAUAGGACUCUUUAUUUAAAUUUGAUAAAGAUAUUUGGAGAUCUAAUGCCCGCUGGUUAAGGAUCAGAGUUUUUCCCCAAAGUAUUAAAAAUCAACCUAAACGAUGGAGUUAUUGGUCUUGGAGGUCUUGUAUCAGGCGCUGUUGCUGCUUAUUAAGCAUAUUGAUUAAUAUUAAGGAAUCAUAUUAUAAAAUAAAAUAAUAAAA